AAAUUUCAUCAUAUGACUCAAGUCCUUUUUUAACAUUUAUUUGGGUUGAUGUUUUCCUAAAACAAUCUUUUUCAUACCAUGGAAUGGAUUUUUGUUAAAACCCUUUUUUUGUUAUUCAGCAUUUUUCUCAGAAUCAUGCAUGUAAAAGGUCUUGCUGUUGGGGUUUGUAAAACACAACUAAGGAGAGAAGGAGACAGCAUAAAACAUGUGGUGGAUUGUUGUUUCAAUUUUUACAAGCAGAAUGGAGAAUGUGUGGAAUGCCCGAUUGGUCAUUCUUCGAAGGGGAUACAGUGUGAAAAAUGCGUGAAUGGACAAUUCGGACGAAAAUGCGCAGAGUUGUGCCAGUGUAAACCCAAUGAAAGCUGUCAUCAUGUGAGGGGAUGCAUUACUGUUACAGUAGAAGACGGGACCGAACCGACAAAUCCUCAGUUAAAUGGUAAUCCAGCCGAACAGGCUUCGGGACAUGACGAUGUUGUUACUUACAUGACAUGUGUAGCAGUUGGAAGUGUUUUAGUUGUCGUCUGUGGUCUACUAGUGAAGAACAGAGAAGCAAUUUGUAGACGAAAUGGUACUAGCAUGACUGCCAUGAAAAAUGAAAUCACAAAAAGAAAGCGACAAAGUGUCAGUUCUGGAAAAAACAGCGGUAAAGACAAAAAAGAAAGCUUGUAUGCGGAAAUAAACGAAAAGUACAUGAUCAACUUUGACGGAGAAUGAAUCAGAAUGUUGCAACAUUUUAUUUCAAUUUGCAAGCUAAUGGUUUUUUUUGCAUUUGUGUGUAUAGAUUAUUUCAGAAACUAUAACUUUCUCGUUUACUACUUAUUUUCAUUUUAUUUUUAAAAAUAUUCAGUGUGAGUGUGGUUUGUCAAUUUGUCGAGUUCAGU